AUACCUUACUUGUUCUCUUACUUUUACGCGUUGAGCCCUCCCUGCUCUGCAUUCGCUCUUGCUUACUAUGUCUGCGCCCGACCGUUUCGCGCUCUUAUGUGCUGCUCUCGAGAAGGCACCCUGCCCUAUUGCUGAACAGGCGGGGAAUGCACAUGUCCUUUUGGUGAGUAGGCCGCCUACCGUGCCACUUUCAUGCGCCCCCCACCCGACCAUUGUCGAUCAGUUUUUCGCCACUGCUUCCAAAGCGGUUCACGGAAUCCCCGAAAGACUUGUCCAUCCUGACUGGAAACUGUGGGCUUGCAGCCCCGAGAUAGCAAACAAGGUGCUCAAGGCGGGGGUGUUUACUAUGGCCGAUGCCAAAUUCUUACGAGAACCGUCGCCACCUGCCAGCUCCUCGUCUUCCUCCGUCGAUGAAGAGCGGGACCUUCUCCCUUCGCUCCGCAAAGAGAAAGAAACUGCAUCUUCAAGCAGGACGUCCAGCAAACAUCCCAAACGCGAUCAAGAACGGGAACUGUCUCCCUUACCUUCCAAGAAGGAAGCAACUACUACCAAACGGAAAGGCACUGAUCCCUCCUCCCACUCGGCCCCCGAGAAAUCCCAGGUGAAAGGCCGAGGAUGCAAAACUGUUGUCAAGGAGGAGCCUACCGUCCCUAGGGCAAAGGAACCUACUCCUCCUCCUGCCAUCCUGGCUGAAGACACUGCAUUCCUUUGUCAACACAAGGAGCCGUUGAUGACUUGUACCAACUGUAACAAUCUCUCCGCCUCGGACUUGCAGGAGGUCCAUGAUAAUCUGCUCACUUCAGCGCAAGCCGCCUAUCCUUGCUCUUUCAAUCUGCCGACCGCACGAUCCUGCCACCUUCUCAACGCGUUGCACAAAAACUACGGAAUCCGCACUGCGGCAUUGUGUAACAUGUUACAAGCAUUCACUCAAGUUGAAGGUGACCACGAUACCGAUGCGCUCGUCAAUUUUGCACGUCAAUUUCCGGUUGGACGCCGCCUGCUUAUCGACAUGGGGCUGGUGUCACAGAAGGAGAAAGACGAGUUAGAGCUUCCUCAACUGCCGGAGUUCACCAUCCUCGAGAACCAGACUUCCACGCCUCGCACGAGUAGGUCCUCUGCCAGAUCUCCAGUAGGAAGCGACAAUGACGAAGAGGACGACGAAGCGGAGGGUGACCAGAUGAGCUCGAAUUCAUCCCCUGCUCACCCUGUUAAACAUCCCGGGACAUCUGUAAUCCCGCCGAGCUUAACUAACAGUUCAUUUGCCUGGCCGGGUCCUUCGAUGAGUGGUAGCGGGUUUGGAGGAACCAGGGAGGUCCAGUUAGGACCAUACUGGUUCUGGGAGCGAGACUGGAACCGUCCACCCUCCCAGAUCUUCCCUCCUUCGGACACUUAUCGGCGGUUUGGGCCGUUUUAAAUUUUUCUCAUGUGUUUACUGGACUGAAAGAAUACCUGCUGUACUUGUUGAAUGUCAUGCCCAAAACAAAGGGCCGACUGUCU